CAAAAUGGGAACUUGGAAACCAACUGACUAUGGCAGGAGAGAUCCAUCCGCCCAGCCAGAGCCCAGGUGGACGUGCAGCUGAGACCAGCAACAUCCGCCCCUGGCCCUGGCCCUGGCCCUGGCCCUGCGGGGCAGCCUCAGGAGCAGCAGUUUGGGGGCAGGGAGCAGCUGGCAUGUGGGGACGACUCUCAGGCCAGUGACUUUCAUCCCUGCCCCAGGCCCCUUGGGCCAGGCCGCACUGGGACAAACGCCCCGUGCCCAGAGCUGGUGCUGGCUGCAGGGUCUCCCUCUAGGCCUGCAGGUGCGACCUGCGCCAAGGGAGCGUGCCGACGUCGGCACCGAGCGCUUCUUCUCUGCCAUAAGAAACGCUGUUAUGGCAUCUGGUCACUGGGGUCACACCUGCCACGUUUCUGCACAAGAAAAGCAUUUCUCAUCUUUCACGCGCUCACGCCUGGGUUUGCUGGGCAGGGGGAGCGUCCGGGUGAGCGUUUCUGGAAACAAUUCCAAGAAGCUUGUCUCUGCCGGAGACGGAGAACGACACGUUUGUACCGAGGGCAGAGUCCAGCUGUCCGGCUGGCUCCUGCAGAUCAGCUAAUACUAGCAACACCCUCCCCAAAGCCCGCAGCUCAGUUAAUUUUAGAGCACAGGGCUCAUGGCAUCAAGGCUGCAGAUUUGAUUCCUGGUUGGAGGAAAUGAUCUCUUGACGCCCUGCCAGCUUUGCUUCUCCGGAAAACCUUCUCUGUUCCCUUUUAUCAGCCUGGACACGUCUGCAGCCUCGACCUGGUCGUUCCCGGUGCAGAGACCUGCUCGGCCCCCGGCGCACGAACCCGGUCUGCGGGGCCGGGCAACGGCCCGGGCCCGACACCGCCAGCGCCGGCCGGACGCGCAGGAGCGGAGCGAAACCCCAGGCCCGGUGGGGCGAGCCGUCUCCCCACGGAGGACAUGUCUGCGGCGCUGGAGCCCGGGGCAGCCGCGCACCUUCCCCGCGCAGCACGGGGGCAGCCCGAGGGGACGCCGGGGCAGCAGGAGCCGGGCGGUCUCCGGGCAGGAGCGGAGCAGGCGGGAAGAGUCCCUGGGCUCGUCCCAGCUGGGGCUGGCGGGGCGUCCCCCUCCCCGCCGUGCUCGGCACCGCAGACAGUCGGACAGCAGGUGCUGGAGGAGCCGGUCGAUGACCAGGAGAUGCAGGGCCGGGAGGUGAAGCAGCCCCCGUCUGAGGCGGAGCUGGACUUGGUGACCCCCCCGCCGGCACCCAGGCACGACCUCCCCGCCCCGCACACCUGGCGCCAGCGCUUCCGGGGCCUCCGCUACCGGGAAGGCGCGGGGCCGCGGGAGGUGUGCGGCCGGCUGCGGGAGCUGGCCCAGCGCUGGCUGGAGCCCCAGCGCCGCAGCAAGGAGCAGAUGCUGGAGCUGGUGGUGCUGGAGCAGUUCCUGGCCAUCCUGCCCCGGGAGACGCGGAGCUGGGAGUGGGGGCGCGGCGUGGAGACCUGUGCCCAGGCCGUGGCCCUGGCCGAGGGGGUUCAGCUGGGGCAGGAGGAGGACGAGAAGCUCCAGGUCAUAGUAAGUGUGAAGGUUGAGGAGGAUUCCACAGACAAUAUCCAACUUACUGAGGCAUUGCAGGAACCUGGUGGUUGCUGGCUGGAGCAGUCAGAGGCCCAUCCUGCAGGCAGGCCCCUGGAGGAGGCAGGACAGAGGGAAACCCCAGGGCCGCAGGACAGGACACCUCGUGGCCCGAAAGAGGAACCCCUGCCCGACCAGAUGUCAGGUCUCUGUCCUGCUGCAGAUUCCCCUAAAACAGAGGAGACUUGGGACUGGUCAGCAGAUGAACAGUCCUCAGACUGGUGCCCUGGAUGGAGUCUGUCCCCAGGAGCAGGGACUCUUAGUAGAGCUGAUGAGCAGCCUUCUGAGGAAGUGCCUGCAACCCUGGAGCUGCAGAGGACUUCCCCAGGGAGAAUGGGAGAGAGGGCCUCCCUGACACCUGAGCCAGGACAACUGGAGCAGCGAGAAGGCAUGCCUCCAAAGCAGGGGGGGAGCUUGGAGCUCUUGGAUGCCUUUGAGGAUGUGGUUCUUCAUUUCACACGGAAGGAGUGGGAGCUGCUGGAGGAUGAAGACAAGGUGCUUUACCGGGACCAGAUGCUGAGGAAUUACCAAGCCCUCGUUUUCCUGGGAUAUCGAGGUCCCACACCUGACUUAAUCUGCCGCAUCCAGCGAGGAGACGUGGCGCUCUGGGUCUGUGAGGAUGAGGACCGUGGGGAAAUCUCAAGGUCGGAGGACCUUUUGCCAGGAGGUGCCAGGCUGCUGAGCAGAGCUGAGGAGCAGACUCCUGAGGAAGGGCCUGCAGACCUGGAGCCACCACAAGCUUCCCCAGGGUGUUUGGGUGCGCUGGACUCACUGAGACCUGAGAAGGAGCCAUGGCACGACAGUCAGGGGAGGCCCCAUAAGCACAAGGAAAAUGUAGCAAUGGAUCAGGUACCAUCUCCAGUUGGGCAUGAGAGUGGAGAAGGGACCCAAGCCAGAAAGAGCCCUGGGUGCAGGGAAGAAUUUGUGGAGCUGAGAGACCUGAAGAACCACAAGGCAGAGUUCCACUGGAGAGAGAGACUGCAUCCAAACAACGCCAGUGGAGAUGGCCCGAGAGGGGAGCAGGAGCUCAUCACCAAGCCCAAGGGGAGAGCCCACCCCUGCCCUGAGUGCAGGAAAAGCUUUAGCUGCCCAUCACUCCUGGCUCUGCACAAGAUCAAGCAUGCUGGGGAGGAGACCUACAUAUGUUCCAAGUGCGGGAAGAGCUUCCCUUGCCUCUCAACCCUGGAUGCUCACUGCAAAAUCCAUUCUGGGGAGCUCCCCCACCACUUCACCAAAACUGGGAAGAACUUUGUGUGCCCCUCAGACCUGAUCAAAGACCAACACAUGCACAGAGAGAACCAUCAGUACAGCUGUGUUAUGUGUGCUAAGACCUUCACCCAUUUAUCCUCCCUGGCACAGCAUUGGAGCAUCCACUUGGGGAGGAAGAUGCAGCGCAGCACCAAGUGCAGGAAGAACUUCAUGUGUUGUCAAGGCCUGUCCCAGCACCAGUGUGUUCAGAGGAAGGAGCAGCCACACCACUGCACCAAGUGUGGGAAGAACUUUAGGCAGCCCUCCAGCCUGGCCAGGCACAUGCAAAUGCACACAAGGGAGAAGCUAUACCAGCACUCUGAGUAUGAUAAGAGCUUAACCCAAUCCUCUCACCUGGCCCAGCCCCAGAGCAUCCACAUGGGGCAGGAGUCACAUCAGUACUUGGAGUGUGAGAAGGGCUUUGCCAAAUCCUCCCACCUGGUCCAGUACCAGUACGUCCACAUGGGGGAAAAGCCAUAUAAAUGUUCUGUGUGUGGGAAAAGUUUCACUCACUUCUCCAGCCUGUCCCGGCACCAGCGUGUCCACACAGGGGAGAAGCCCUAUCAGUGUUCGGUGUGCGAGAAGACCUUUACCCAGUCCUCCAGUCUGGCCGAGCACCAGCGCAUCCACACAGGGGAGAAGCCAUAUCAAUGCUCUGUGUGUGGGAAGAGCUUUGCCAAAUCCUCCAACCUGGCUCAGCACCAGCGUAUCCACACAGGGGAAAAGCCACAUCUGUGCUCUGUGUGUGGGAAGAGCUUUAGCCAGUUUGCCCACUUGGUCGAGCACCAGCGCAUCCACACAGGGGAGAAGCCACAUCAGUGCUCUGAGUGUGGGAAAAGCUUCACCCACUCCUCCAGCUUGAUCAAGCACCAGCGCAUCCACACGGGGCAGAAGCCACAUCAGUGCUCUGUGUGUGGGAAGAGCUUUAUCCAGUCCUCCCACCUGAUCUGGCACCAACGCAUCCACAUAGGAGAGAAGCCACAUUAGUGCUCUGAGCGUGGGAAAUCCUUCACUUGCUCUUCCCACCUGGCCACAGCACCAGUUCAUCCACACAUGGGAGAGGCCACAUUGGUGCUUGGAGUGUGGGAAUGCCUUCUCCUAAUCUUACUACCUGGUCCAGCACCAGUGCAACCACACGGGCCAGCCCAAAAGCUGGGGGAAGAGGACUCACUCUUUCCAUCAGUCUUGGAGCCUGUGUAUUCCCCAUCAUUCUCUAAACGUUUAAAAGCAGUCUGUGUUCCCAGGGGGAGAACAAGUACCUUCACAAUAGGAUAUCUUUCCCAAGACAAGUGGCUCCAAAUGACACCCUUAUCACCUCCCAGCUUAACCCCCCUUCCUGUUCCCAUGGUUCUGGUAAUGAGGCUCUUGAACUGUAGUGAAGAGGACAUUUAUAGCAGGGAAAGCAUUUCCUGCCCUCCACCCUUCCCUUGCCUUUCUUCCCCACCACAUCGGCCUUCUCCUUGGCCUGCUCAUGCCCAUUGGGUGUCUACAAGGAGGUCCUGCUAGCACCCUGGACCCAGUUUUGCAGGUUUUGCUUUGCAGCCUCUCUCCAAAACUCUGUGCUGCUGGCUGCCUGCUCUCCCUCCCCUCCUUCCCUUCAUUUCAUUCUCUAUAAUACAUUUUUGACUAAAGCUCUAGAACUGAACAUGA